AGUGACACCAGGAGCCAGCGCACACUCCUUGCCCAGAGAGGCGAGAGAGCAGAGCUUAGCGAGCCGCGUAAGAACCGCCGCCGCCUCGGUUGCUGGUGCACCGGGCUCUGCCUCUGCAGCCCGCGCCGGCGUUUAGCGAGCCAGCCUGUCCGGCAGUGCCAGCUCCACGGGCGCGUUCAGUAUCCUCCCGCCACCCAGCGCCCGCAUCCACCCGCGCUGUCCUGCGACCCCCCAGCCCGGCGCCGCCGUCAGAGCCACUUCGCAGCAACUUCUGCGGCUGCGUGUCGCCGGCCUUCUGCUUGUGUUGGAAGUUUGCAGCGCCCGCCACAAAGUUGGGACACUUGGGCAUUACAUUUUGCCCUAGAGUGUACGUCCCCUCGGCUCGUGGAUCCUGGUAUUUGACAUCUUGGUAGGAUCCCCGGACCUGGGCUUUUUCCGCACAUCACACACCCCUCCCCGGGGGAGAGAAAAACAACAACAACCAACCAAACUUUCCUCUUCCCGCUAGAAAAAAAAAAUUCUUUAAGGAUGGAGCUGCUCUACUGGUGUUUGCUGUGCCUCCUGUUACCACUCACCUCAAGGACCCAGAAGCUGCCCACCAGAGAUGAGGAACUUUUUCAGAUACAGAUCCGGGAUAAGGAAUUUUUUCAUGAUUCAUCUGUGAUUCCAGAUGGAGCUGAAGUCAGCAGUUACCUCUUUAGAGAUACACCUAGAAGGUAUUUCUUCAUGGUUGAAGAAGAUAACACCCCACUGUCAGUCACCGUGACACCUUGUGAUGCACCUUUGGAGUGGAAGCUUAGCCUUCAGGAGCUGCAUGAGGAAUCUAGUGCAGAUGGGUCAGGUGACCCAGAACUACUUGACCAGCAAAAGCAGCAGAUGACUGAUGUGGAGGGCACAGAACUAUUCUCCUACAAGGGCAAUGAUGUAGAGUAUUUUAUGUCUUCAAGUUCCCCAUCUGGUUUGUAUCAGUUGGAGCUUCUUUCAACAGAGAAAGACACACAUUUCAAAGUAUAUGCCACCACUACACCAGAAUCUGACCAGCCAUACCCUGAAUUACCAUAUGACCCCAGAGUUGAUGUGACCUCUUUUGGACGUACCACAGUCACUUUGGCCUGGAAGCCAAGCCCUACAGCCUCUAUGUUGAAACAACCCAUAGAGUACUGUGUGGUCAUCAAUAAGGAGCAUAAUUUCAAAAGCCUCUGUGCAGCAGAAACAAAGAUGAAUGCAGAUGAUGCCUUCAUGGUGGCGCCCAAACCUGGUCUAGACUUUAACCCCUUUGACUUUGCCCAUUUUGGAUUUCCAACAGAUAAUUUGGGUAAAGAUCGAAGCUUCCUGGCAAAGCCUUCUCCCAAAGUGGGGCGCCAUGUCUACUGGAGGCCCAAGGUUGACAUUCAAAAAAUUUGCAUAGGAAAUAAAAAUAUUUUCACAGUCUCUGACCUAAAGCCUGAUACCCAAUACUACUUUGAUGUCUUCAUGGUCAAUACCAACACCAACAUGAGUACAGCUUAUGUGGGUGCCUUUGUCAGAACCAAGGAGGAGGCGAAACAGAAGACAGUGGAGCUCAAAGACGGGAAGGUCACAGAUGUGUUUGUUAAAAGGAAGGGGAAAAAGUUUCUACGGUUUGCUCCAGUCUCCUCUCACCAAAAGGUCACCUUCUUUAUUCAUUCUUGUAUGGACGCCGUUCAAGUCCAAGUGAGAAGAGAUGGAAGGCUGCUUCUGUCACAGAAUGUGGAAGGCAUUCGGCAGUUUCAGUUAAGAGGAAAACCCAAAGGAAAAUACCUCAUUCGACUGAAAGGCAACAGGAAAGGAGCAUCGAAGUUGAAAAUACUGGCUACCACCAGGCCCAGUAAGCAUGCAUUCCCCUCUCUUCCCGAAGACACAAGAAUCAAAGCUUUUGACAAGCUACGCACCUGCUCUUCAGUCACGGUGGCAUGGCUUGGCACCCAAGAAAGAAGAAAAUUUUGUAUCUACAGAAAGGAAGUGGGUGGAAACUACAGUGAAGACCAGAAGAGAAGAGAGCAAAACCAGUGCCUAGGACCAGACACCAGAAAGAAAUCAGAGAAGGUCCUUUGCAAAUACUUCCACAGCCAAAACCUGCCGAAAGCAGUGACUACAGAGACAAUCGGAGAUCUGCAGCCUGGGAAGUCUUACCUGCUGGAUGUUUACGUCGUAGGACAUGGGGGACACUCUGUCAAGUAUCAAAGUAAAAUUGUGAAAACAAGGAAGGCCUGUUAGUUACCUUGAGUGAAGAUCGGUGACCUCCAGGAGAAACAUGGAGUCACACUGCCUGUAACUGACUACUCUCGUGACAAACGGAAGCUGUACUUGAAAGAAAGGGUAACAUGUGUACAUAGAUGCUUGUCUAAUGUAACAUGGAGACUUGUACUCACACACACCUGUGGUACUUAGGGUCCAUCUGUCUAAUGCUGGUUAAUGUCAAAGGAAGAGGGUAUUUCAUUGGAUACUACCCCUUGCUUUGACCAUUGCAUGAACUGCCUCUAAAUUAUUUUAUUACCUAAAAUUUUAAAAUAUGCCAUUCAUUGCACACAUUCACAAAUGCAAAUAAUUCCUCUCUAUAGAUGUUAGGGGAAAUUUAUAUAUAAAUAUAUAAAUAUAAAUUAUUUUAUAAAGUCUGUUUUAAUUGUUGGUGUUUCUAUUAUUGUAAGCUAUUAAAUUCUUUCUCUGUUAAAGUAUAGAUCUAAUCUAAGAUCGUAUCACCCUUUAAGCAGUAAUAUUGUUGUAAAUUCUUAUUUGUUCAGUAAAAUGUUUAAAUGCUGUCUGUAUGUAUCUCAUGUAAAAAGUUGAUAUACAUUAUAUUCAUGUACAUAAAAUUAAGAAUAUUA